AUGAGAAGCGCCAGUAGAAGAGGGAAGAACAAAUAUAUUGGUCUUGGCCGGAGCACCAAAAAAUAUAGAAUUGGCACAGGGUCCUCUCUUAACACAUCAGGGAAUCUAACUAAGACAUACACUUUGCACCAAAGAUGCGUGCACAGGAAAAGCAGUCCUGUGCACCAUCUUUGGAGUUCCUUUGGAGAUUCGCAAUACCAAGCUCAAUACAAAAUUGGCAAAGGGGCCUCUCUUAACACAUCAAGGAAUCUAACUAAAUUAUCACGUUACACCGAAGACGUGUGCAGAGGAAAGGUAGUCCUGUGCACACAUCUUUGGAGUUCCUUUGGGGACUCGUACUACCAAGCUCGUACAUUUCGUUAUAUAGUUCUCUUUAUCCUGUAUGCUUGCCAUUUUUUUAAGAAGAAGGCAGGAUUUAGCGAGGACAAUCUGGCUGCUGCUAAACGGUCAUCAGAUUCACCAGAGGUUAAUGUGACGGUAAUAAAUAAGCAGUAUAUUCGGGUCACUUGGAAGCGAGAAGGUCCAUGGAGCAACGAGAAUAGCUUCUUUGUCGACUUUACAGGAGUUGGUGAAAGGCCUACUUCUAGCAUUUGUACUGGUCAGCUUAUACCGUGCAGCUAUUACAUUUGUAGUCUUAAUAGUAAUGACCGCUGCCCCUCUUUUGGUGUCUGCAAGGAUGUGGGAGUUGUUGUAAAAGGCAAUGGCGGCUACAGUAUUGAACCACUGGAAGUACGAACAGAUGCUUACACGCCAGCCUCUGUGAGCGUAGAAUCGAACGGCGGUACCCUGAAUGUUACCUGGCGAGGCCCAGCAAAUAAGAACGGAGAUUGCUAUACCGGGUCUGCCCUCACCGUAUCAACGCCAUGGACGGAAUACAGCACCAAUUUCACCGACAUCCUCAACCAGUACCAGCACAGCCACAAUCUUACCGGCUGUGAUGUAGGGAAUGUAACGGCGUCCCUGAGGUCUUUCGAUCUGAUGGGGAACAGCAACACGGUGACCAACAGCACAGAAUACUUGGGGGAAAAUGCUUACCCUGUCAUCGAUGACCUGAAAGUUACACCUGGACACCGAAAUGUCUCUGUAAUUUGGAAUCUUCUUGGAAAUUGCACAAAAGUGACCUCCUACCGACUGGCAUGGGCGCCUCCAGACGCCGGAGGAAACCUGACCGUCUUAAGCACAUUUGCCAUCAUCGCGGGUUUGUCGCCCUGCCAGGAGUACUCGCUAACCGUGCAGCCACUGGAAGGAACAAAUACCUUCGGAGAACCACGAAGUGAAAAAAUGUUCACAGAAAAUGAAGGUGCACCCAUUAGCUCCUAUACCGGGGUUGGGGUGAAACUGUCGCAGCAGGCAGUGGAUACUGGUAAAAAACCCCUUCAGUUUAUGAUUACUGGUUUCACCAAAUAA